CGGGAGGGCAGCGCUCGGGAGCGUCACCUGCGUGUCCCCCCGUCCUGCGCUCCCCCCACGGGUGUCCGUGCGUGGGCAGCGGGAGCGUGGCUCCUGCUCUGGCGUGGCUCCGUGCUGAGCAUCGGUCCCCAGCUUUUGGCAGGUCCCCGUGCUGCGGCGCUGGCGGCACUGCCAGCCUGGCCGGGCCCUCGGCCGGGACCGUCACACGCACGGAGCCGGCUCUGUACUCACCGGCAAGGUCCGGAGCCGCCGCUGGCGUUGCCGGCCCGCGGGAGCUUGUUCUGCAUCUCCCGUCCUGCCUCAGCCCUCCGCGGUGGUGGCAGGUCCCCAGGAGCCGCUCGGCCGGGCCACGUCUCCGCGGGGACCUCAGGCUGUGUCCAGGGUGAGGAUGAGGACGGAGGGUUGUGGCCGUGGCUCGCGUGGCAUCGGCUUGUGGCCGCUGGGACAAGUGGCCUCGGUGGGGAGCGCUGCGGCCGCGCUGCCCCGGCAGCCGCCGUGGGAACCAGCCCGGCACAUUCCUCCGGAGCUGGAGCAGCGAAAGCAGAGAGGAGGGCGGCUGGCGGAGCAUGUCGCAACGGAGCGCCUUCCCGACAGGCUCCAGACUGUGGCUUUGGGAUGCACUCAUCCAGCCCUGGAAACAUCGGGGGGAGGACGGCAGUCACCGCUGGGGACCAGGAGCAGCCGGGCUCCCGCGUCCGUGAACGCGGGAUGAGCUGGGGCUGGAGGUGCUCCAGAAGGAUCUGCAGAGGCAGAGCCGGUGUCCCUGCCACCGGUGCCACAUCCCUCAGUCCCCAAAGCAGUUCCCGGCUGGCCCGGAGGGGCAGGAUGAGCAGGGGUCUCCCCCGAUCUCUGCUCUCGGCUCUGAGUGGGUCAGACCUUGCCCAGCCCCACGUGCUGACAUGCCACCUGCUUUCCAGCCUGGAACAGGCCCUGCUGUCAUGUCCCGGCUUACGAGGAGCCACCGCUCGUGGUCCCAUCCUGGGUUCCCCACUCAGAUGCUUCCAGGUCCUUCAGGCUGGAGGAUUCCCUGCAGGAAAGGGACUGGAGCUGCUGCACCAAGGGAUGCGGUUCUCAUCCCCCCUGCUCACCUGCCUGGUGCUGACCCCCUGCCCAGAGCAGCGACCCACACCACCGCCUGCCCCCCACUCACAGGGUGCCCAGCGCCCUGCUCCUCUCGGAGCUGCUGGGAGACUCAGUUUCCCAGCUGGAAUGCCACUCGUGGGUGGGGUGGCAGAGCUGGGGGUACGAAACCCUGAUUCUCCUGUGGGAGCAUCCCGUGCAUCCAGAGGCGGGGUGGAGCAGGCACAGCCCGGGUCCUGUCACCCCGGGAAAGUGCUGGGCUAGUCCUGGCAGCGCUGGGCUUCGCUGGGGGCCACCAAGUGCUUGUCCUGCGUGGGGUUCGUGCCUUUGGGACAGCGCUUGUGCCUGGGAUGCUCGGCCAUAGCGACACAGUGGCUGUGCCGCGGGUGGCAUUCUGGGUGUCACCUUUAGAGAGCUUGGGACCGCCCCCGUCAGCCUGGCGGUGGGGCAGCACCUCGCCGGGGUGUUCCCUUCCUUUCCCUGCAGAAGCAGGCUGGGAAAGCACCUCCCAAGGGAAUGUGGUGCCCGGUGGAAGGAUGCUCAGGGGCAGCCGGUGGCUCUCCUAGCUCAGGCUGUGCCCGCUGCCCCCGUGUCCCCCCGUGCCGCAUCCCGCGGGCUGUCACCGCGCGGGGACGGUGCGAUGCAGAGUGACAGGCGGGGACGAGGCGGCGCGUGUGGCCCCUGGCUGGGGCUGCGGGGCCGCUGACAGCCCGGGUGUGAGGCCGGCUUGCACUCAGCCGCGUGUGUAAUCUGCUUACGGGGCCACCGGCACAGCCCCGGGCUCUCGCUGCCGUAAAUCCCCGCUCCUGCCGGGAGUGCCGGCCGGGACGCUUGGAAAGCGGCCGAGCGACCCUGGAUCGCGCCUGAGCUGCUCUGAUGCAGCUCGACAUGCAUCAAGGUGAAUCACCGUCCCUGGUGACCCCGAAGUGACAGCUGGGGAACCCUGACUGCCACCCACGGCUCCUCCUGGGGCACUGUUAACCCUUCGCCUCCCAGGGAUGAGCCGGGAAAGCCGAGGCAGGAACGCUGGAGCUUCUGCCUGGGAUCCCUGUGGUAGGCAGCAUCCCUGCGGUAGGCAGCAUCCCUGCUUCUCCCAGUCCAGGCCUGGGUCCUUCCCAGGCAGGCCCAGCUCGAGCAGGAGCUUGGAGCCAUGGGGGGAAGCUUUAAUUGUCAGGUGCAAAAGUGUGCAGUUUUCAAAGAGUUUUUAUGGAAAACUGGGUUUCUGACCUCAAGGAGGCUGUGGAGACCUGCUGGGGGGUGCUCCAGGUGGGCAGUGGGAGAGGACGUGGUGUGCACUGGGAUGGAGGGGCAUUUUGUCCUGGAAUGGAGGGAGAUUUUUGUCCCGGGAUGGAGCGGGUUUUUGUCCCAGGACAGAGGUGUUUCCAAGGACUGCGUGUCCUCCUGGGCUGCAGCCAAUCUGUGUGUUCAGCCCAGGGGUGCUGCUGGUGCUGAUGGUGGUGGUCCUGCAGCCCCUCAGGACCUCCUUUGGCUGGUCCUUGAACUCUCCGCAGCCGGGCAGGAGCUGGGCUUGGCUGUGCCCCGGGGGUCCCUCUCCCAUCCCCUGCCCCUCGCCGGGGCCGUGCCUGGCUCCUGGGUGCCGCGGGGCGCGGAGCCUGCCCAGGGUGGAGUUAUGCUAAUGCUGCUCCCCAGCCCUCGACGCAGCCGGUGCCACUCGGCAUCUUCUCCUGGCCACGGGCGACACCGGCUGGGCCAUGGCCACCUGCCCCGAGCUGCAGCCUGGGCAAGAGGCCAUGGGGCGCGGGGGGGUCCUGGCUGCCCCAGAAGACCCCGAGGAGCGGCGGGGUGCCCAGGGGGAAGGCGCCCACCCCUGCCCCCCGGAGUGCCAGGAGCUGGCUGCCGUCCCCACGCCGCAAGCCAUAAAGCGUUUCCUGAAGGAGGACUCGGACGAAGCUGAGCUGACCCAGUUCCUGCGGGAUUGCCCACCAGCUGACAGCUCCAGGAAGGUGGAGGCCCCGGAGAUCCGGCGGGAGCCCGGCCACCCCCUGGGCAGCGUGGGCAGGGUCCCCCCUGACGAAGCCAGCGACGAGAGGGACGCCAGGCUCUUCUCCCGCUCUCGGCCCUCGGAUUUCCAGCAGCACAUCGCCGCGCCCCCGCCCCCCAGCCCCAACCGCCCGCGGAGCCCCUGGGGGCAGCUGGACCCCUACGACUCCUCCGAGGAUGACAAGGAGUACGUGGGCUUUGCCACGCUGCCCAACCAGGUGCACCGCAAGUCUGUGAAGAAGGGCUUCGACUUCACCCUCAUGGUGGCAGGAGAAUCCGGGCUGGGCAAGUCCACCCUGGUCAACAGCCUCUUCCUGACAGACAUGUACCGGGACCGCAAGCUGCUCAACGCUGAAGAGCGCAUCACGCAGACAGUGGAGAUCACCAAGCACGUGGUGGACAUUGAGGAGAAGGGGGUCAAGCUGCGCCUGACCAUCGUGGACACGCCGGGCUUCGGGGACGCCGUCAACAACACCGAGUGCUGGGGGCCGGUGGCCGACUACAUCGACCAGCAGUUCGAGCAGUAUUUCCGUGACGAAAGUGGCCUCAACCGGAAAAACAUCCAGGACAACCGAGUGCACUGCUGCAUCUACUUCAUCUCGCCCUUUGGCCACGGGCUCCGGCCCCUGGACGUGGAGUUCAUGAGAGCCCUGCACCAGCGCGUGAACAUCGUGCCUGUGCUGGCCAAGGCUGACACCCUGACGCCCGCUGAGGUGGAGCGCAUGAAGAACAAGAUCCGGGAGGAGAUUGACCACUACGGCAUCCGCAUCUACCAAUUCCCUGAGUGUGACUCAGACGAGGAUGAGGAGUUCAAGCUGCAGGACCAGGCACUGAAGGAGAGCAUCCCCUUCGCCGUCAUCGGCAGCAACACGGUGGUGGAGGCCAAGGGCCGGCGUCGCGGGCGCCUCUACCCCUGGGGCAUCGUGGAAGUGGAGAACCCGGCCCACUGCGACUUCGUGAAGCUGCGGACGAUGCUGGUGAGGACGCACAUGCAGGACCUCAAGGACGUGACGCGGGAGACGCACUACGAGAACUACCGCACGCAGUGCAUCCAGAGCAUGACCCGCAUGGUGGUCAAGGAGCGCAACCGCAACAAGCUGACCCGGGAGAGCGGGACAGACUUCCCCAUCCCCGAUCCCCCGGUGCCGGAUGUGGAGACGGAGAAGCUCAUCCGGGAGAAGGAUGAGGAGCUGCGGCGGAUGCAGGAGAUGCUGCAGAAGAUCCAGAAGCAGAUGAAGGACUCGCACUAGCCCGCCCCUCCUCCACCUCCUCCUCUUCCUCCUCCUCCUCCUCCUCCUGGCCCCGAUCAGAAAUGUUUACAUCACGCUCCACCCGCCCGGCCCCGCUGCCAGACUCGGUACCGACACCCACCCACCACCUUAAGCUGCUGCGGCAUCGCCUUAUGCAACCGCCCAGGGCCCGCGGGGACACCGGGGGACAUGAGGGGACAGCGGGGGACAGGGCACCCAGCCCGGGGUCCCCUGCCCCGUCCCCCCCACUCGCUGGGGACAGCUUGGUCCCCCAAGCUUUGGCUUCCCCUGUUUCCCCACAGCUCUGGGGAGGGCCCCGGCCAGCCUGGUCCCCACAGUGUGUCCCUUGUCCCCGUGUCACCUCGGGCUCCCUGCUUACAGCCUUUAUGCUCAUCUUGGCCCUGGCCUAAGGGAAGAGGAAAGGCCCCAGCUGCCCCUCUGGGGGGGACAGGGCUGUUCCCCCCUGGCCUUGGCUGGCACGGAGGGACGGCAGCUCCCGGGGACCACAGGGGACAGAGGGGAUGGAGGGGCAGCCACUGUCCAGCCCUGUGUCGUCACCCUGUCCCCACCGAGCGGCAGCAGGGCUGUGGCACAGGGAGCACUGGGGAAUCAGCGUCCCCAGGGAAAAUCCCUUGGACCCCAAAUCAGAGGCUGGGCACCCCCAGCCCCCCGUGAUGUUGGCCCUGUAAAGCAAUAACGAGUGUCCAGUGCCCAUGGCACCUCUCACCCCAUGGCAACAGCACCGACCGUGGCUGGAAUUUUGGCCCCUGCUGUCACUUGCUUGUCUGUGGUGUCCCUGUGUGCCCAGGAUGUCCCUGUCCCUGCUGCUUCCUGGCACAGCAGCCCUGUGUAUUCUCCAAGGCUAUCCCCAUCUGUGUUGCUUCCCAGCGAGGCACUGCUGCGUGUCCCCGUGUUCCCCGCGAUGUCCCCAUGUUCCCCACCAUGUCCCUCUUGGUGUUGCUGCCCCUACAGAGCACUGCAGCUUGUCCCCCCAGACUGUCCCCAUCUGUGUUGCUUUCCCACAGAGCUGUGUUGCAUCCCUGUGUCCCAAGGAUGUCCCCAGCCAUGUCACCCUGCUGCAGGGCUCUGUGUAAUGUCCCUGUGUCCCCAAGGAUGUCCCCAGCCAUGGCCACCCUGCUGCAGGGCUCUGUGUAAUGUCCCUGUGUCCCCAAGGGUGUCCCCAGCCAUGCCACCCUGCUGCAGGGCUCUGUGUAAUGUCCCUGUGUCCCCAAGGAUGUCCCCAGCCAUGCCACCCUGCUGCAGGGCUCUGUGUAAUGUCCCUGUGUCCCCAAGGGUGUCCCCAGCCAUGCCACCCUGCUGC